AUGUCGUGGUGCCAUCGUCAGACGCGCACUGCUGAAGGUAUCUUGAAGAAAGAGAGUGUAAAAAGCAUUCGAUGGAGUCACCGAGCGUUUUAUCAUGCACUUCGAGAUAUUCGCGUCGAAUUCUCUUCUCUUCUCUUGAACUCGUCAUUUAAGCGCGACUAA